AUGGCUGCUCCCGGGGGCCUUCCGAAGCCGUCGCGCCCCUCCACCGGGGGUCCGCCAACUUCUGCUCUACCAGCCUUACCCGUUGCAAAAACGCGGAAAGGACCUUCGGGUCUUGCUUCGCCAACCAAAACACCCUCCACACCAAGAAGCGGCCUGCGUGCACCCUCCAGUGCCCUCUUGCCUCCAACAAGCCCCGGACUUGCAACCGCUUUACCUACGCCCAAGAGCCUCGCCCUCCCUCACGGCAAAACUCUACGCAAGUCGGUCAGCAUAAAUUCCUUCCCUCAGCCGCCAAAGGGCGAUUCCAGAAUUGCCAGUUUGCCCCCUAGUCCGAGGCCCGGUAGUACGCUCUCUGCCUCCAACUCGAUUCGCAAAUCACGAACACCGACGGGGACACCCAAACUAGGCGCAUUGUCGCAAGGUACGCCGAGUCUGUUGAACGGCGGCGGUGACAAAGCAAUCCUUAGCGCUGCGAGCGUAAGAAAUUCAGACGGUCUGAUCAGUGUUGCUUCGCCACCCCAAAGUAGGAGCUCAUCGGCCCAGGAUUCUUAUUCAACAUCUGCCACAACUUUUGACGAUCCACAGGCUGAGGCCACUGCGAGUAGCGCUGUCAGCGAAAAGCGAGUCUCGAAGCAGCCAGACGGUAAAGGAAAUGUUGUUGUCAGUGUAAGAGUGCGUCCAAAUGCAGGAUCUCAUGAAAAUGGUGGCGUAGAAGGGGAAUGGCUCGUGGAUGGUAGAAGAUCCCUCGUAUCAUAUAGAGGCAAGGAUGGCGGUGACCAUUUCUACGAUAAUGUCUUUGCGACCCAUGAUGACAACAGCAGAGUCUACGAUCAUACUGCCAAGCGCCUUGUCCGCAGGGUUAUGGAAGGAUACCAUGGUACUGUUUUCGCAUAUGGUAUGACUGGUACAGGAAAGACGUUCUCCAUGCAGGGCACAGCCUCCUCUCCAGGUGUCAUACCCCUUGCAAUUACCGAUAUUUUCUCCUAUAUCCGGGAAACACCGUCACGAGAGUUCCUGCUUCGUGUGAGCUAUCUGGAAAUCUACAAUGAGAAAAUUCACGAUCUUCUUAGCAUGCCUACCGGUGGCGGUGUAGGUGGCGCGGCACAAGAAGAAAUCAAACUGCGUGAGGAUAGUAAGAGGGGCGUCUACGCGACUCCGCUCAAGGAAGAGAUCGUCCAGAGCCCGACUCAACUGCUCAGAGUCAUUGCCCGUGGCGAUCAAGCACGGCGAACAGCAAGUACCCAGUUCAACUCUCGGAGUUCCCGCAGUCAUGCCGUCGUGCAGAUUGUGGUAGAAAGCCGAGAACGUCAGCCCGGAAACUCGAGCGACAGCAAGCGUUCGGGCAUGGUUCCUGGUGGCGUGCGGGUGUCGACACUUAGCUUGAUUGAUUUGGCUGGAUCCGAAAAGGCUGCAGAGUCCAAGGAGCGCCGACAGGAGGGAUCUCACAUUAACAAGAGUUUGCUGACGCUGGGUACUGUUAUAUCGAAGCUAUCCGAGGCCAAGGACAACAAGGAAGCGAAGCACCACUUGCCAUACAGAGACAGCAAGUUGACGCGCUUGUUGCAGGGUGCGCUUUCUGGCAACUCGCUUGUCAGCAUUCUCUGUACUAUUCAAAUCGGAGCUGCAGGUAGUUCUGCCUCGGCAAACAGCCACACCCUCGAGACACUUAACACGCUUAAGUUCGCCUCGCGAGCAAAGAACAGUAUCGUCAGUCAUGCCAAGCGAGCCGAAGAAGCUCUCGGCGCCGGUGGUGAUGGUGGCGCUAGAGUCUUGCUGGAGCGGUAUCGCAUGGAAAUUGUCGAACUCCGACGUCAACUCGACACACAAGCAAAGAAUAACACUUCUCCCUCGACUGACGACGAUGAAGGAAAGAGCAAAGAAGAAAAGGCCAAGGAUGAGGAGGAGGAGAGAGCUCGUGAAAAAGAGGCUGACGCUCGACACGAAGAGCAGAUGCUGGAAAUGCAAUUGGCUCGCACUGCUCUCAAGGAGCGAAUUGACCAUCUCAACAAGCUCAUUUUAAGCUCAAAGUCCACUGGAGUGAAUUCAAGUGGCACGUACAGUUCAUUGGGAGUCCACCAUCGGUACUCACAGAUUUCUCUUGCGCCAUCAAACAGGACAUCGGUUGCCUUUUCCAUUAGUGGUCGAUCACAGACAGAGCGUACUCUCUCCAUGACCUCAUCCUCAUCAACGAUUGGACGGCGAUCAAAUACGCAGAGAUACUCAAGCAGCGGUACAGAACCACCAACGGCCGAUGAGGAUGAUAGUCUCGGCGAGUAUGGUGAUGGUGUAGCCUCUCUCUCGGCCCAAAACCAGGCGCUGCAGGCUGAUCUUGCUGACAAAAACCGAUACAUCGCGACUUUGGAAAAGCGGUUAUUGCAGGCAAGAAGAGCCAGUUCGUCAAGAGCUUCCUUUGGGCAUGCUUCUUCAGGCAAGGCGAUCAUGGUCGGAGAGGAUCACAGUGUUUCCACGGCGAUGAGGGAGAAGGACGCCGAGAUCGCCGAGCUGAGAGCCAGACUCGAGGACAAGGACCGCAUGUUGGCAGCUCUUCGUAGUGCCGCGCGCUCAAGAGAUGCCGCAGAGGGACUAGAUAGCUCAAAGGCUGAAGCUCGCGAGACAAGGUCUUCUUUGCUCUACGAGCAUGCAGCUAGCCCUCCUCCGGCCGAAGCGUUACCCGACCCUCCGAACUUGCGCGGCAAGAGCAUAUCGCCCGUGCGUGGACGUAACGGCAAGAAGAAUCACGAUGAAAUGUCGCGGAUCCUUGACGAAAUGCUCCAGGAGAAGGUUGACAGUGGCCACGUCGUUAGAGGUGCUCGUGGCAGCGUUCGUCUGGCUUCCGAGUCGCAAAAGCCGGGAACCCUUGGGCAAUCGCCUACUGAUAUUGAUGGACUCAGAGAGAGCCCUUUGAUUCAAGAAUCCAGGGAGGUUUCCCUUGAGGCGUAG